AUUCGGGCAGGUUACAUUACGCAAGUAAUGAAGAAAUAUGGCGUAUAUUGACUCACUAUAAUGUCAUAUAAUCUAAUAAAUAAUAAAGUAAAUAAAAAUAAUCUAAUUUCAUAACGAAACUAGAAGUAAAUAUGCAGCAGGCGAGACCACAGGAAGUCGAGGGUCCAAGAGACGGUGUUGUGGAGCGACUUAUCCAAGAUAUAUUGGGAUAAUUAUUCAAUAUAUCCAGUCUCUAAACUACCAUUCUCUGAGGCUUAGUAGAGUGCUGGCCUUAUUAACAGUUCUAUAACCACUCUGCCACCAGACUGGACGUCUUUAACGACAGCAACAGCCCCUUGUUAGUGUAGUUAAGGUAUUCCUGGCCGACCUACAGGAGACCAACAUGGCUAAGAGGCCAAAGCUGAUUGCUUUUGAUCUUGACUAUACUCUAUGGCCUUUUUGGGUGGAUACUCACGUGGACCCGCCAUUUCGAAAGAAGAAGGAUGGGCAUAUAGUGGAUGCUAGGUCCAAAAGGGUUAAGUGUUACAAGGAAGUACCAAAUGUGUUAAAGUGGCUCCAUGAUGAAGGCUACAUUUUGGCAGCUGCGUCACGCACUGGAGAGGUCGACGGCGCAAAUCAGCUGCUGAAGCUGUUCGACUGGGACAAGUACUUCACAUAUAAAGAGAUCUAUCCAGGAUGUAAAGUGAAUCAUUUUCAGAGAAUCAAGGCAAAAUCUGGAUAUAACUUCAGUGAAAUGAUCUUCUUUGAUGAUGAACACAGGAACAAGAUAGAUCUAGAUGCUAUUGGUGUUUUAACGAUAUUAGUUGACGAUGGUGUUAAUGAAGAAUUGAUCAGACGAGGACUACAGGAAUUUUCGGUAAACCAAAGGAAGGGGUAAACUACAAUAAUAAAAACUACAGUACAGCAUUUUUUAUAUUUAUUUUAUGAAUUGGCAUUGAGGUGGAUGAAGUUGAGACACCAAUUUGAAAACUUUGCUCUAACUCCAAAGCAGCUGGAUGGUAGGGUGACGGUCUCAUUUCAUAUACAGUAUAUUCAACAUUUCAAGUUUUAUUUUACACUUUACUUCAUUUCAAGUUAUAUUUUUCAUGUUAAAUUUACAAUUUUUGACUAAAGACCUACAUUCAUUUAUAGCUACAUACUGUAUUUAAAUUCGUAUGCAUUGCCUUGUGACAAUUACAAUCCUGUCAAUUUUUAGCCGUUUUUUGUUUUUCGGUGAAAAGAAAACUUAAAAAACUUAGGGUGUUGCAACCUUCCCUUUGAUUCUUGUAAUGAGGCAAAGAGACAGAAUUCAAAUGGCUAUAGUUCUGUGUCUUAUUAUGAUAUUUAGGAACUUAUUAUAAAAAUUCAACACAUUACAAAUGCAAGGUACAGUAUUCAGAUAACAUAAAUCAUUACUGUACAGUAUCUCAAUUCCCACUUUCAUAGAAUGGAGACAAAGAUUUUCAGUACACUACAUUUUAUACCAACAAUUUUGACCUCCCUAUGUACAUUUUUGUUUUUUUUGUAAUUUACUACCUAUUUCAGAAAAAAAUCACCUUACUUUUAUAGAAGACAUAGCUGCUAAAUGUCUUUUGAAUAAAAACUUUUUAAUGAAAAUCUUUACUUUUUUUGACCUGUGUAUCAGUCAAGCUCAUGUCUUGGUGUCUCAACUCCACCUUUUAUCCCAACAGUAUUUGUAUUUUUGUUAUAAGUAAAAUAUUUGAAUAUGUAUAUUUAAUAUGAAGUUGAAAAGUAAAAUGGAUUUGAUCAGCUAUUAUCAAAACAUUCAAUAUUGGGAAUAUUUAUCUGUAACCAAGAUUGGCAGGUUUAGUAGUCUCACUUUCUAUUACUCUGAAGGAAUAUGUUUAUUCUUAUCAGGUAGUUUUCCAUAUAAAAUUGUGGUGUUAUAUGUAAUAGUCUCGACAUUUCUCAGUUAAUAUUGAAGACUACAAUAAGGCAGGGCAUCAACAUUUCCAUGGGCCUGUCUUUUGUUUCUGUAGUUCUCUUAGUAAAUGCGUUGAUGCAGGUAAAGAUAGAGAAUAGUCUUAAUAGAUAAAAAAAAUAGUUAACAAAACAAAUGGGAAAAAUGGCAUAUGAGGGUUGGAGCACAGAGGAGGAAAUCUCGUAUAGCAAUUGGAGCAGUGUAUGGUUAAAAAAACUCCUAUGUCUAUGUCCUCUACUGUCAGUAUUACAUAGUGUUAAUUAAUUAAAUCUCAGCCCUAAACAAGAUAAUGUUCAGUUCCUAUUAGUUUAGUUAUAGUACUGUAUUGCUUGUAAUUGCAAUAAUGUACUUCUUUUAUAAGCUGUUCUGUGACGACGUCUGUAUCUCUAGGAACAUGGAAGCAACUUUUCACUUUAUACUUACAAUAUGUGAAAGAAUACAUAUAAAAAUGAACAAAGGAGGGUAUCAUUUUAGGCUCAGUUUACCUCAUCAUGAGAACAAAAAUAAUGUUGCAGUAUUGAAUAAUGAUUCAUGUCAUACUAUUUUGUUUACAGUUCUGUGUAUGCCUUUUUCCUCAGAUACUGUAGCCCCAUUCUGCUGAAUUACACGACAAUUAAUCAUGCCACAUGUUUCACUCACAAACAUAAUCCCCCAAUUUGUUCACAGUAAUGUAUUCAAAUUUAUUUAUUCUUACACAUGAACAGACUGAAUGUGCUUAGUUACCAUUUCAUGAAAAAGAUUCAGUACAGCAUAUGUAAUGCACAUCAUGUGUUCAGUGUACGUACCCAGUGGGCUGUUCUCAUUAUCAUUUUUUUCUAUUUCUUCUUCAAAGAUGUACAAUAAGUUCCUUCCAAGGGAAACUCAAUAAAUGUCCAUCAGUUUCUAGAUUUAAUCGUUUAGGUAUUUUAUUUAUAAUGUAUAUAUAGUGUUAAAUUUUUUAUUUGAUUUGCUUAUUUUUUAUAGUUGAAUAGAUAGAGGUUCAUCAUUGUAAAAUAUCAAUUAUUUUAUGUUGAAAAUAAAUGUAGAAAGAA